GCGAGACUGUCGGCCAUUGUUUGCUGAGUUUCGCCGAUAUUGAGUUCAAACUACUUAUUUAAGACAGAUGUCUCCCGCAGCAGCAGCAGACGAUGUUGAUUCACAGACUCGCAAGCGAAAUGCCCUCAAGCGCGCUGAGCAGUGGAUGACCAAGGGAGGGAUCAUUCGCGAGGAUUCCGACGAUGAACUUGGCGAAGAAGACCUUCCCUGGGAGUGGAUCUACGACACAGAAUUGGACAAUAAUGAAGAAACGGGAAAGGGGGUCCAAGCCUCUGGGGAGACACCAAAGUCGUCCCGGAGACGCUCCUCGCGUCAAUCGCAACGAAAGAUUAUCGGAGCUCGAACGGGGCCUUUCGAGUGCAGAAUAGGGGAUACCGUGCUACUAAAGUCCCCAGAGCCUGGGAAAGACUGGGCUGGAAUCAUUACUGAGUUUCUUGAGGAAGAAGAUGACGAAGACGAUGAACCCAUCAAAUCGGCAAAUAUCAUGUGGUUUGCUUCCCCGGACGAAUUCAUGUCGACGAGAAACAAGCGAAGAGCAGAUGCUUUGCCAAACGAGCAAUAUUUGACGACGGACUUCAAUGUCAACCCCCUGAAUUCAAUCAAUGGGAAAGCACAAGUCAUGUCCAAAGAUGCCUUCUUCGCGCGAUACCCCAACGGCGCUGCUCCGAAAUCGAAGGCGGAAUUGGCCGAGUACAACAAAUGCAUUGUCUGUCGCAGGGGCGUCAGCCAACUCCAGGGCCGCUACACGGAGGAGUUCGUUUGGGAAGACGUCUACCAACAGGACCAAAUCCUUGAGCUUGUGGAUCUAAUCAAGGAUGGCUUGAAAGCAGCCAAAAAGAGAAAACAGGCGGAUGCUGAUUAUGUCGACACGAAAGAUAAAGAUGCCGAGGAUGUGGUACCGACUACACCAAGAAAAAAGCAAAAGGUAGCAAACGCUACGCCACAAUCUCGACGGCAGAAGGCGAUGACCACUCCAUCUCAUAAGAGAAUCAUCGUCAAGAAGCCACUCGAAUUCACUCCACUUGGGACUCGCGUGCUAUCCCCUGCCCAUUUUGCAUCACCCUACCGACAAGCUCGCAACCUCCUCCAUGUUUCUGCCGUUCCGGACUCGCUUCCCUGCCGGAAGAAGGAAUUCGACACAGUAUAUAGCCACCUCAGUGCUGCCAUUAUGGAGGGGACAGGCACCUGCAUCUAUAUUUCUGGCACACCAGGUACUGGAAAAACAGCCACUGUCCGCGAAGUCGUCGCGCAGUUGAAUGCCGCCGUACUUGCAGAAGAGAUGGACGACUUCAUAUUCGUGGAGAUAAACGGCAUGAAAGUCACCGACCCUCAUCAGUCCUACUCCCUGCUUUGGGAGGCGUUGAAGGGUGAUCGAGUGUCACCUUCCCAUGCCCUCGAUCUGCUAGAUCGGGAGUUCUCCAACCCUUCGCCUCGAAGAGUAUCAUGUGUUGUUCUUAUGGACGAGUUGGACCAACUAGUCACCAAGAACCAAUCAGUCAUGUACAACUUCUUCAACUGGCCAGCCCUCAGACAUUCGCGUCUCAUCGUGCUCGCCGUCGCAAACACCAUGGACCUUCCAGAGCGAACCCUAAGUAACAAAAUUUCUAGCCGUCUGGGUCUAACCCGCAUUACUUUUCCAGGCUAUAAGCAUACGGAUCUAAUGGAGAUCAUCACUACUCGAUUAGCCAGCGUGCCUGGCAAGAUCGUUGAUUCCGACGCGAUCCAAUUCGCUAGCCGCAAAGUGGCGGCAGUGAGUGGUGACGCUCGACGCGCCCUAGACAUCUGCCGACGCGCGGUCGAGAUUGCGGAACAAAGCAACGAAGCCGCCGGAGUAGAAGCCCUGGAUGCGGACGACACCGAGUCCCUCCCUCCGACACCCAGCAAGACUGCUGCGCGGAAAGAAAGAGCAAACGCAAAACAAACCCUUUCUAUAUCGCCGCAAAAAUCCACCGCGACUCCAAGGAAACAAACACCCGGUCGCGUCACCAUCGCAACAAUAAAGCAAGCCAUCCAGGAAGCUACCUCCACCCCCCUGCAGCAAUCCCUCCGCUGUCUCCCGCUCUCCGCGAAACUCUUCCUAGCCGCCCUCCUUGCACGCGUCCGCCGAACAGGAAUAACAGAAUCCACCUUCGGUGACGUCACCGAUGAAGCGAAACGCAUUGCCGACGCUGCGGUAGCAGUUGCUGGAGCUGCUGGUGCAGGAAUUAAAGAAUUCUUGCUUGCUGGUGGCACCGGGACCCGUGUUCAGGCGUUGGGAUUUGCGGCAAUGGAGCUCAUGAAUUCAGGGGUUCUUGCUUUAGAGGCCACUUCCGGUUCUAGAGGCUUAGGGGGCGCGGCAAUUCCGACGAGGGGCGAUCGUAGUGGAAAGGUGAGGCUCAGGGUUGCGGCGGAAGAUGUUCGCGCUGCGUUUCGAGAUGAUGUUGAGGCAAAAGGAUUGGGGUUGGGGAUGGAGGCGUGA